AUGACGGACUCCCCAGAUAGCCAGAAAAAUGACCCUAUCUUCGACAAAUAUCCUGAGGACUCGGAGGAUCGCUCGAACACAGAUACCAACCCUACACCAAACUCGGAGCUUUCACCACCGGCCACUCCUGUAAAUAAAGAAGUCGAAUUGGGCCAAGAGGUGGAUCCCAGGACGAACGCUCGCAAACUAGCAGCUACCCUCACUCUAGAAGAACAGGCCUCCCUGUUAGUGGCUGCUGAUUUCUGGCGAUCAAAAUCAUUACCAGAGAAAGGUAUACCGGCUUUCAAAACCAGCGAUGGCCCAAAUGGAGCCCGCGGUGCAAUAUUUAAGGCUGGGACAAAAGCUGCUCUAUUUCCAUGUGGUGUAUCGCUAGCAGCAACGUGGAACACUGAUUUGCUCUAUCAAGUUGGCCAACAUCUCGCCGACGAAGUAAAGGCCAGAUCUGCCCACGUCCUAUUGGCGCCAACAGUUUGUCUGCAUCGAGGACCACUUGGUGGACGGAAUUUUGAAUCCUUCUCGGAAGACCCAUUUCUUACCGGCAAGCUUGCCGCGUCUUAUAUCAAUGGGAUCCAGCAAAAGGGUAUCGCCGCAACGAUCAAGCACUAUGCGACAAAUGAGCAGGAGACUAAAAGGAUGACAAUUGAUUCAAUCGUACAGGAGCGUCCGCUUCGGGAAUUAUAUCUUCGCCCCUUUGAGAUAGCAGUCCGAGAGUCAAACCCGUGGGCUUUGAUGUCAUCAUAUAACCUCGUCAAUGGAGUUCACGCAGAUAUGAACGAUCAUCUUCUAAAGGACAUUCUGAGGGGCGAAUGGCGUUACGACGGAUUGGUCAUGUCUGACUGGGGAGGAACCAACUCCACUGUCGAAUCUAUCAUGGCUGGGCUUGAUAUUGAAAUGCCAACGUCGGGGAAGUGGCGUGGCGAAAAGGUCGUUAAGGCUGUGAAUGAGGGAAGACUGAGCAAGGAAGCUGUUGAGCAGUCCGUUGCGAAUAUCCUCUACUUGGUCGAGCGAACAAGAGGCAACGACAUGUCGGCCGAAUUGCCCGAACGAGAAGAUGAUAGAGAGGAGACUCGGAAACUUAUCCGUGACGCAGGAGUAGAGGGUUUGACGUUGUUGAAGAAUGACGGAGGGGUUCUUCCAAUCAAACCAUCCGAAACGAAAAUCGCUGUCAUCGGCCCCAACGCCAACAGAGCCAUUGCUGUAGGAGGUGGCAGUGCCAGUCUCAACCCAUAUUACAAUACCCUUCCACUUGAUAGCAUCAAGAAGGUCCCGGGCAAGGAAGUCACUUAUUCUCUAGGAUGCCAUACAUACAAAUGGCUACCUUUGGCCGCAGAAUACUGUACCACUGCUGCCGGAGAGCAAGGCGUAAGUCUUGAGUUCUUCGUAGGAGAUAAAUUCGAGGGUGAACCAAGAGUGGUCCAGCACAGGACAAACACAGAUCUCUUCCUCUGGGAUUCGGUUCCAUUAGAAGCUGGUAGAGUGUGGUCAUGCAACUGUAGAACGAGGAUUACGCCAAGAACCACCGGACGACAUACUAUCAGCUUUUCCAGCGUUGGCCCUGGACGACUGCUUGUGGACGGCAAGAUUUUGAUUGACCUAUGGGAUUGGACGGAACAAGGCGAGGCAAUGUUUGAUGGAUCGAAGGACUUCCUUGUUGAUGUCGACAUGGAGGCUGGGGUGCCAGUCGAAAUUGUUGCAGAGAUCAAUAACGAAGUCCGCCCAUUUUCGAGACAAAAGCAUGUCAAUCUGACGCACCAAAAUGGCGGUUGCCGGAUUGGCUACAAGGAGCAAGAUCAACAAGAUUACCUGCAAGAAGCGGUCGAUGCUGCAAAGGCUGCCGAUGUAGCGGUCGUUAUUGUUGGUCUCGACGAAGAAUGGGAAUCUGAAGGCUAUGACCGACAGACGAUGGAUUUACCCUCGGAUGGCAGCCAAGAUCGUUUGAUUGAAGCAGUGUUAAAGGCAAACCCAAGGACGAUUGUUGUCAAUCAAUCAGGCUCACCUGUUACCAUGCCCUGGGUAGACCGCGUUCCCGCAAUAAUCCAAGGGUGGUAUCAAGGUCAAGAAGCCGGUAAUGCGCUGGCAGAUGUGCUUUUCGGGCUCCGAAACCCAAGUGGCAAGCUUCCAACCACCUUCCCUAAGAAACUGCAAGAUAACCCGACCUUCCACAACUGGCCAGGUGAGAACUUAAAGGUAGUGUAUGGCGAAGGCCUCUAUAUUGGUUACCGCCAUUAUGAGAGAAUGGGCAUCGAGCCACUCUUCGCCUUCGGCCACGGCCUUUCCUACACCAGCUUCACGUACGGCAAGCCCACGAUCAGCCAAACGGUCCUCUCCGAUGGCGACAAGAUCACCGUCACCAUACCCGUGACAAAUUCCGGAGAUGUUGAGGGCGCCGAAAUCGUCCAAGCAUACAUCCACGACGAGAAGUCUCGUCUGCCACGACCAGAGAAGGAGCUGAAGGCCUUCGACAAGGUUUUCUUAAAGCCGGGUGAGACGAAGGAUGCUAAAUUGGUGCUGGACAAGUACUCGACUGGAUAUUACGAUACCGAUAUAUCAGCAUGGAUCGCGGAAGAGGGAACCUUUGAAGUGCUCAUUGGGUCGUCUUCCGCAGACAUCAGGGAGAAAUCUUCAUUCGAGGUCAAGGAGUCUUUUACUUGGGUAUUCUAA